AUGCCGCCACAUCCACCAGCACCACCAAUGCCUCCGAUGCCACCGAUGCCGCCGGUGACGGUUCCACCAAUGACACCGAUGGCACCGACUCCGGCCAAUCAACAAGAUAUGCAUCAACAAACUGGAAAUGAUGCGUGCAUUAAGCGUCUUCAGCAACUCAAUGUUGAGGAAGCGCCAAAAGUCUACUUGAAACCAUCGGAACCAGGAAAACUCGGAAAGCCCACUGAUAUUCAAACAAAUAUUUUUGGCAUUGAAGUGGAGAAGGAAACUAUCGUUUACCGUUAUAUGGUGCAUGCUAAAGCUGACAUCAGUCCCACCAAAGAGGCAACAUUCACAAAGAAGGGAAAAGAAGACUUCGUUGUUUUGGAUCGUCAUGAGAAGUGCUGCAACAUCUUCUUCCACGCAGUUGAGAAAAACCCUGAUUUCUUCAAAAUCAAGGACGGAAACAACAUCAUCUACGACGGACAAAGUACUCUCUAUACAACGACUAGCUUGUUCUCGGUAACUGACACCAAAGAUAAGAAGAGUCGUAUUUUCGAAAUCAACGGUGCUGAUACGAGCAACGAAGACCUGAGAUCACUUGCAUGCAUUUUGUUGGAAAUCUACGCUCCACGCGACAACUCUCUUGUCAUUUCUGCUGAGAAUCUCGGACGACGCACUGCUGAUCAAAAUACCGAAGUCAAUAACCGUGAAUACACACAGUUCUUGGAGCUUGCGCUCAAUCAACAUUGUGUUAGAGAGACAGCUCGCUUCGGAUGUUUCGAACACGGAAAAGUGUACUUCCUCAAACCAACAGAGGAAGGAUUUGACCCACGUGACUGUAUCUCGGUUGGAGAUGGAAAAGUUCUCCAUCCAGGAGUCAAGAAAUCCAUCCAGUACAUCGAAGGACCAUACGGCCGUGGACAGAAUAAUCCAUCUAUUGUGAUCGAUGGAAUGAAAGCUGCGUUCCACAAAGAACAAAAUGUUGCCGAAAAGAUCUACGAGAUUACUGGCAGAGAGCCGUCAAAAACUCUGAAUGAUUUCGAUCGAGAGAAGGCAAGUCACGUCAUCAAAGCUCUCGACUGCUACACUACAUACUCCAACCGACAACGUCACUUGAGAAUCGAAGGACUUCAUCAUGACUGUGCUGCAAAAGCCCGAUUCGAACUUCCAGACGGAAAAAGUUGUACCGUUCAGCAGUAUUUCCAAGACAAGUACAACGUGCAAUUGAAAUAUCCAGAAGGGAAUCUCCUUAUUUGCAAAGAGCGUGGAAACCGAAAUUUCUAUCCAGCUGAGUUGAUGAACAUCACCAAAAAUCAGCGUGUAACUAUUCCACAACAAACUGGUCAACAAUCUCAAAAGACUACCAAGGAAUGUGCUGUUCUCCCGGAUGUUCGCCAGAGACUCAUUGUGACCGGAAAAAAUGCGAUUAAUAUCACUGACGAGAAUGAACUGCUCAAGAAUCUCGGAAUCAAAGUUUAUCCAGAACCAUUGAUGGUCAAAGCACGCGAGCUUGAAGGCAAAGAGAUCCUUUACGACAGAAAGGUCAACACUGAAAGUGGAAAGUGGCGCGCACCACCUGGAGGCUACAACAAACCAUGUGCGUUCCCAGAUCUUUGGGCAAUGUAUGCCGUUGGAACACAACAGUCUAGAUUCAGUGCAGGAGACCUGAAUAACUUCAGUAACAUGUUUAUGGAGACUCUUCAAAGAAAAGGAAUCAAAGUCCCAACUCCAGCUGAAACUUGUCUUCUUCAUGCGGACCAAAUUAUGGACAAGCUUCAGAGUGUUUCUGAAAGCAAAUGCAAGUUCGUUUUCGUUAUCACCGACGAUAAUAUCACUCAUCUCCACCAGAAGUAUAAAGCACUCGAGCAGAGAACAAUGAUGAUCGUCCAAGACAUGAAAAUGUCGAAAGCUGUAUCGGUUGCCAAGGACGGAAAGAGAUUGACUUUGGAGAAUGUCCUCAACAAGACUAACAUGAAGUUGGGUGGUCUCAACUACACUGUCAGUGAUGCUAAAAAGAGCUUGACUGAUGAACAACUUGUGAUUGGAGUCGGAAUCUCUGCUCCUCCACCAGGAACGAAGUUCAUUCUCGAAGGAAAGGGUCAUUUGAACCCGCAGAUCAUUGGAUUCGCCUCGAACGCAAUCGCUAAUCACGAAUUCGUUGGUGAUUUCGUCCUUGCUUCUGUUGGACAAGAUACCAUGUCUUCCAUUGAAGAUGUCCUGAAGUCUUCUCUGGACAUGUAUGAGAAGAACCGCAAAACACUUCCAAAGAGAAUCAUCAUAUACCGAAGUGGAGCUUCAGAAGGAUCUCAUCCAUCGAUUCUCGCUUAUGAAAUCCCACUGGCUCGCGCCAUUAUUCACGGUUACUCGAAAGACAUCAAGAUGAUCUACAUUGUUGUCACCAAAGAACACAGCUAUAGAUUCUUCCGUGAUGAGCUUCGCGGAUCCAAAGCUACCGACAUGAACAUUCCACCAGGAAUUGUUUUGGACAGUGCAGUUACACACCCUGCCUGCAAGCAAUUCUUCUUGAAUGCGCACACCACUCUCCAAGGAACGGCAAAGACUCCAUUGUAUUCGGUUCUUGCGGACGACUGCAAUGCUCCGAUGGAUAGACUCGAAGAGCUCACUUACACCUUGUGCCAUCACCAUCAAAUCGUUGCUCUCUCGACAUCGGUUCCAACACCACUGUAUGUGGCUAACGAGUAUGCUAAGCGCGGUCGUGCUCUCUGGGCCGAGAAGACCGAGGGAGCACCGAUCGAAAACGAGGGAUCGGAGAGCAACCGUCUCAAGGACUUGACAAAGGAGCUCGCUUAUCAACAAACUGAUCUCCACAACAAGCGUGUCAACGCCUAA